ACUCCUUGCCAAAAACGGUUGGGAGUCCUGACACCGUACCUCAUGACAGUUGGCAACCGUCGCAAGACAAUGCAGCAUCAUUAAUGCUGAUGUGCCUUUUUUAAAGAAAAAACUCCAAGUUUUCUUCACCCCCACUCGAUAACCAGCUGUUACACGCAGCAUUUCUUGGUUUUGUAAUAACACGUACACUAUUAUUCCUAUAAGGUAUAUGAAUCAAAGAAAUGGCGUCAGAGAUCAGUCCUCACAUUCAAGCACAGCUCGACAUGGCGACGCCUGAUGUCCAGAGCGUCGCCAUGAAAAUACAGAGGGCUCGACAAGUCUACGACGACAAGCCAACAAACCUCGAGAUUCUGCUGUGGUACUUGUAUGAACUCUCCUCCUACUUCAUCCACGCCGUCUUGAUUCCCAUUGUUUUCCCGCUCAUAAUCAGCCAGACCGUUUCCGCUCCCACCGAGCCCCCCCACGGCUGGCUCACCAGCUUCAAGGAUUUGAACUGCACCAAGAAUCAAAUGCAAAUUUACGCAGCAUUGAUACAGAGGAAGAUCAGAGUAGGAGGAGGCACGAGCUUCUCCCCUCUGGAAUGGACCUCCAUCUCCUGGAUCACCGGCCUACUCCUCUCCACCCCGAUUCUCUACCUCGUCUCCACCCACCUCGACCACGGCCACCGCCACCAGCUCAUAGCUGCGGCCGCCACAGGCGUCGGCUCCCUCUUCUGCCUCCCCGCAGGUUUCCUCAGAAAGUCAUGGAUCUUCCCUCCGUACGUGGCUGCCAUUGUGGCGGCCAGCACUGUGGUGGGGGCGUCCCACGCCCGCCACCUCGGCCUCAUGAUCACCGGAUUCACGGGCGAAUCCAUCCCCAAGCGCCACUUCCCCGACCGGAGAUCCUUCGGCAGCUGGCUGUCUCUGCAUUCAACCGCCGCAGGCUGCUUGGGAGCUGCUCUCAUUUCUUCCUUCACGUAUCAUAUGCUCAACAGAUCAGACCACUUCACUUCCUUGUGGGUCAUCUCCAUCUUCAGUGGCCUCAAAUGGGGAUCCGGAAUGAUCCACAUUUUCAGCACGAGCAGAGCGGUAGCGAGUUUCCCUCGUCAUAAUAAUAAGAUCGUGUCGAUCUUUAAGUACCCUCACGCGGCGAGGGGGCUGGUGGCGGUGUUCCUGUCUUCUUUCACUGGGAUGUGUGUUUUUGGUGGAGGAAUGCUGUAUGCAAUAGGCUACAUUUGUGUGGAGAAACAGAGUGUUCUGUAUUUAUGGCUAAUGUAUUUCUUGCUCCCUAUGUUCUCUCUCCCACUCACAUAUCCUCUGCAGCAGUUGUUGAAAUUGGAUGCUGAGAAAAUGCAGCUACUCGGAUUUACGUUGUCGAUUUUCACCUCGGGGUUCGGGUUCUACUACCGGAGUGGUGUGUGGAGCAAAUACCAUCUUUUUUUCUUUGCAGCCGUUCAGGGGACUUCAGCAGGAUUGCUGCAUGCGUUCGGGAGGGUGCUAUGGCUAGAUUGCUCUCCUAGGGGGAGGGAGGGGGAGUUUUCGGUGUGGUUCUCGUGGGCCCGGGCAGUCGGGGCGUGUGCCGGGUUUGGCCUAGCGACGGCCAUACCCGGAGAUAUUGGUAAAGUGUUUGGAGUGUCCUUCUGUACGGGUGUUGUUGGGAUGAUUAUUGUGAUAUUUGGAAAUAUCAGCAGUUUGAGGGGAGCAGAAGAAGCUGGGCAUGUUGGCAAGAGUAAUGAGAAUAGUUCACAGAUGCGUGGAUUUGAUGAUGAUAAUGAUUAUUCCAAGGAAUCUGUUCUAGUUUGAGAUGUUCUAACUAACCAUUUUACCUUACCCCCUUUUUCUCUGCGUAUUUUAUGUUUAUGUUUAUGUUUAUGUUGAUGUUGAUGUAAUUUGCAAUAAGUAUAGAUCAUGUAUCAUUAUAUUUUUAUAGCAUAGCUAU